CAUUGUGAAAGCAUCCCUUCCGAGCGAUUUAUUCAACAGAUUCUUUUCAGUUACAGGAUCAAGAUGGUAGACACAAAUGAAGAUAACCAGCCAUUUUCAGCCACUGCGCAAAACACAAAAUUCAUCUGGUCACCAAAGGGGAUGAUUUUAGCUCUUGAAAUUGCUCUGUGUGCCAUUGUGACUAUUUGUAAAGCAGUUUCCUUUGAAUGCUACUUUUGGGGCUGCAUUACAGAGCUGGUCUGGGCCAUUCUCAUAUUCAUCGUUUAUGCCAUCGACCUACCUACCUACAUGCACCUAUCACUGAUGUAUUUCCAAUGGCUGGACUUAUUCAGAGCAAUCACAGGAUCAGUCCUCCUUCUUGUUACUUCUCUUAUCUGUCUUAGCUGGGGAUGGGAAAGUUCCGGGGAAGUUGCUGGUUCGAUUUUUGGUUUGCUGGCAGCAGCAGUGCUUGGAUAUGAUGCCUUUGGCAUAAUCAAAUACAUUAAAAGUCUGAAACAGCAGGGGGCGACUGUGGCUGUUAGUGUUGUUAUGGUCCAAAAUGUGGUUUACUGA